GUGCAGAAGGCCGACGGGAAGCUGGACAUGAUCGCCUGGCAGAUAGACGAAUUCGAGAAAGCCUUCGAGGACCCGGAAGACGAGUCCUCCAUCACGGAAUUAAUCGAACGGCGAGGAAAAAAGGCCAUUGGCAUUUGGUUCCCGCGUGUCGGAUGUACGUUCGAAGAGCGUGUCAUUGAUGAACCGUGCGGAUCUGCUCGUCGAUUAGAAAUUUUAUAGAAAUCACCGCGGGCAGUCUUGGCGAGAGAAGAUUCCUCAUGCGAUUCUCUUCCUCUCCAGGAUAUUUGCACUUCGGCUGGCCGUUACAGCGGGCGGCGCUUUCCGCUCAAUUUCCACCGUUCUCGUGGGAAAGUAUUCCUAUUCCGGUCGUGAUGCAGAUGUAUCCGCGCGGGACGAUUCGCGUGUAACGAUGCGCUGUGCGGCGAAGAGGCACAAUCGCGGAUUGCAAUAUUUAUUCUGUUUCGCUUGAUAGCGUUCUAGUCCACUAAUAAAAUACAGAACCUGCAAUUUUCCAAAUAGAUAAAAAAAUUCAUAGGUAUAAAAACUGUCAUAGCUAUAUAAAUAUUAUAACUUUUUCAUGAUACAGAAUAAGCCAGAUAAACAUUAGAGGCAUAAAAGAUACAUGAUAUAUAACUUACAAGACAUAAUUUGAAAAAUUAGAAAUUAUUGUCUAUAAAGUAUCUUCUUCUCCAAAAACUCUAGCCAGUAACGUUGGCUGGACCACUAUGUAGUGAUGAAAUUUCUGAUCCGCUACAAAAGCCGGAAGCGGAUGUUCGGGAAGCGUAUCGAGCGAGUCGUCGGUCGGAAACCGAAAGAGAAUCCUGCGGAAGGAGCGAGAGUGAUCGUGACACGUCUAUCAAUUUGUAUUUUCCUCUUGACGGUCUUGCCGCUUUGCUGACUUCGCAUAGGGCAAGCUCCGGAAAUAUUUCCCGUCCCGUUUCGAGUGGCCGUCCCGCGAAAGUGCAGCCGUGCUCGCGACACAACGAGGAUACGGAGUGCGUUUGCGUGUAUGAAGGCUUUCGUUACGACGUCACAGGAAAAGAAGUCCGUGAAAGGCACUGGUCUUUCAUUCAGAAAUGGAAAGAGCCUCCUCGUCAUUAUUUCGAUCCGUAUAAUGGCCUAGACGCGUGAGAUGCGUGUCAACUGAAUGCUAAUUAUAGUCGGUAUGUGUGGGAAAAAUUCUAUUCUUCUAACAUCUCGGUCAGAAAUUGUACACCAAUGAAAGUGUCAUCUUUUGCCUCUUAAAAAAUUUUCUUCAAAGAUUCAAAAGCCAAUAUUUCAAUAAUUCACCAAAAUCAGAAUUUUCUUUCAAGAUAUAUUCUUUUAAAUUCGUUGAGAAGUAUAUGUCCUUGCCAAUUUCUUUUUCAUUUUUCCUUAUACAUUAUUCUGUAAUUCCGUGGUUCCUUGCGGAGGAAGGAAGCUAUCGAUCGUCGAACCCGAUUUUCACCUGAACGUUCCAUCGAGCAUGUCGGGACGUGCCAGAGGCAGUUUCCAAUUUAUGCAGCUAGCGUGUGCUCUUGAGAAUUUCAUAACAAAAUUUUAUACGCUGAUAUUUGGUUUUCGAAAAGGUGCGCUGUUAAUUACAGUCUGUUAAUUAGUAAGUUGCUGCAAUAUAACAUAUUUCAUUAAUAAAUAAUUCCAAAUAUGAUUUCUAAAUAUAGAUAUAAAUAUAUUUUUAUACGUAGCGUGAAAUGAUUUCUAAAUUAUUAUCUCUAAGAAUAUGAUCGAAGGUGUCUCUGAAGUAAAUUGGCGGAAGAGUAAAAAACAAAAUUAAAAUAAAUAGAUAAAUUAAUCAAUUUACAAUCUCGUAACAACUCCAACUGCUAAUGUAUAUGUAUAAUAUAUGUCUAUAUAUAUAAAAAAAAGAUUCUCGAUAUAAACUAGUUUAAUAAGAAACAACUGGGUACUUCUGAAGUCGCGGUGUCAAACAGCGACUCAAGUUCGCUGGAUGAAUGUCAACGGUAGUUUUCGAACAAUUGCCUGGGACAAUCUGUAUCAUCCUCGCCUCAUGGAGUGUGCCGUGAAUGCGGCCGAACACCUCGUUCUAAUAACCUACUCCCACACCGCCGAUCGGCCGGAAUGCUCGGUUGGUCGGUCCCCCGAGUCGAAGUCGGGUUCAGUCGUCUAGCGACCGGUUCCGAGGUCUGGGCCCUGUUCGCCACGCCAGGUCUGACUCACUGUCGCGGCCGAUGCGAGAGUAGUGCCGUCGGAAAGCAGGGCCUCGCUUCUUUCACAUGAACAGAGGCCGGCUCCUUUCGUGACCGACAUGCGUUCCCUCGUGCUUGGUCUAACACUAAUCGUAAGCCUGCUAGUCGUUAGAAGAGUCUCUGGCCAUGGAAGACUGAUAGAACCACCCUCGAGGGCCUCGAUGUGGAGAUACGGCUUCGACACACCUCACGAUUACAACGACCACGAGUGCUAUUGCGGUGGGUUCACCAGGCAAUGGCAACGGAACAAAGGGAAGUGCGGCAUCUGCGGCGAUCCCUGGGAUUCUCCAACGCCACGUGUUCACGAGACGGGCGGCAAGUAUGGGAACGGCGUGAUUGUCCGGCGUUAUCGGACCGGAUCGGUCAUACCGGUCCGCGUGGAACUGACGGCGAACCAUCACGGCUAUUUCGAGUUCCGCACCUGCGCCAUGACCUACCGUGACCGGGAGGUCACCCAGGAAUGCCUGGACCAGCACCUGCUGCAGGCCGAGAACGGAUCCACCCGUUAUUACCCUGGCCCCGGAAACCGGGUCUUCGAGGGCUACUACAAAUUACCGGAGGGUCUGACCUGCGCUCAAUGCGUCUUCCAGUGGCGAUACAUCGCCGGGAAUAACUGGGGCGACUGUGGCAACGGCACAGGAGCGGUGGGAUGUGGGCCUCAGGAAGAGUUUCGAGCCUGUGCCGAUAUUGUCAUCGGUGAUAACGAAGCGACACUACCGCCGAGGCUACCGAAGCAGCCGACCACCAGCUCCACACCCACGGACAGGUUGCCGACGGACACGAGCCCGUUGCCGAAAUCCGGGCCGUAUUGGCUGUUCAGCGUUGUCAUCGCUGGUACGUGCCUGUUGGUGGUGCUGGCCGCUAUGGCAUUGCUUUACACGUACUACUAUCACGCCGGUAGAGCCAAAAAAUGGCUUAUGGCGAGGAGACUCCUGGCGCAGGAGAGUCCGCCGGUUGCCCCGCCGAGGCACAAAAGGCAUCAUCACGUAUCGAACACGCAGCUUCAGCUGUAGAACUCUGUACUUGAUUGUCGGUAUCGCACCUUGGAGAAAAGAUAGCUCGAAGAAAUUUUUCGAUUCAAUCAAUAUGCGAUAUCGUUGUGCGAGCUACAUUUUGUCCUAACUUUAAAGUCUGAUGUUCAAAUAUGACAGACGCGUAAAUAGCGUUCAUUCGUGAACAGACUGUAUUUCAAGACGAUAUAUCUUUAUACUUGGCACGUACUCUCUCUUGUAU